CUGUCAACUGAUUGUUAUUAUGUCAAAUGUGAAAUGGGUGGACCUUCACCCAUUUGCGACUAAUAAAUACUAAACAGUAAACUUUUAACUGUUUAACUACAAUUGACUUGUUUCCUUAUACAAAAUUUUUAACGAAGUAUUAGAUAUGUCUUCACCGCCCCCCACUAAACCACCGCGAGGAGUGAAACAGGGAAAAGAAACUAGUGGAUUGUUAAUGUCAGUGAUCCGAACACUAUCAGCGAGUGAAACAAACGAACAGAGGGAAAAAGAAAGAGCAAAAUUGGAAAAGGAGUACAAAAAGAGUGAUGCACGCCUUGACGAGUUGGUGGCAGCUCAUGCUCAAGAAAUUACAGAUGUGAUGCAGAAGUUCAGUUCAGUGAGCACGGCCCUCAGUGCUUGGGGACAACAUUGUUCAGCGGCGGAGGCUCGGCUGGCGGCCUGUCGCGCUCUACUGAGAGUCCGAAGAGAUGACCUCCGUAGACUGUGGGCCGAUGCCAGGACACAUCACCAUGCCUUACGGAUGCUCACCGAUAUAGAGCGGGUAGUGGUGUGUGAGCGGGAGGCUCGCGAGCUCACCGCGGCGGGGCGGGUGGUGGGCGCGGCGCACGCUCUCAGGGCGGCCUUGAUGACGGCCCGGACCGAGCUACCGGCCGUCACCGCGCUCAACGCCACCACCGACCAUCUAGAGGCCAAGAAGCAGGAGUUGGUUGACGUCAUAGUCGGCCGUUUGAGUGACGCGGUGUACCGUGACGAGCGAGCGCCGCUCAACAGACGACUGUCCGCCAGGAGGAGGACGGCGCUACUGCUGGCCGAACUGACGAAGAGCGAGGAGGUGACGGAUUCGUAUUUACAAGACAUAACGCCAGAGUACGAGGCGUCCCUCACCGAAGACGACAAGACCUUUGAGACCACGGUCAUGAUAUCACUAGAGGCGCUCGGAGUGCUGGAACAACUGAGGGAGGCCACGGAGAAGUUUAAAGUUCAAAUACAGAACGAGCUGCUGGAAGUCAUCGACUCCGUGUCUCGGCGGAUCAUAGAGGAAGGAGACGUAGAGGAGGGAGAGGAGGACGGAGAGAUACAGGAGGCGGGGGGAGAGAGCGAGACGGGGAGACCGCUCACCAGGCUCAUACACUGUCUGACUGAAGAGUUCGAGGCUGGCGGGACGAGGAACAGACGUUUACUGCAGCUGUGGCGCGCCGCGUUAAUAAAACACAAGAUCUCCGAGCAGUCGCUGCACACCGAGCAGCACUACUGGAGCGCCGUGCAGCAAGUGAUGCAGCUUCUACUAACGGAAUAUCUGGAGAUAGAGAGUGUGGCGCUGUCCUCUCAGCGAGCGCCUGAACCUGUCACUGAGCUGAAACUGAGCGAUUACUUCAGUAAGAAGAAACCUCAGAGGAGACGAGAGAAGCUGUUCAAACUGAUGACGCCCCCGCCGCCGUCAGCCCGCGGCCGCCGUCACCGCUACCCGUUAGUGUGCACUCCGCAGCCGGCGCUGUUGCACGCCGCCUUACCGGCCUUACACGCUCUGUGCGCGCUGAUAGAGAAACCCGGUGCCGGUGAGUGUUCACUGCGGAUGUUCGUGUCGGACUACGUGAAGUGGUGUGAGACCGAGCGUCUCUCCCGCGAGGCCCGCGCCGCGGUCGAGGCUGCUGUCAAGGCCCCCGGGGCCUGGAGAGAGAGGGUCAUGGUCCCUGGACGUGAGAGCGAGCGGCCGGUUUUGUCGUGUUGUGUGGAGGCGUGGUCGGUGGUGCGUGCGUGUGCGUUGAGUGCCCGGCGGUGCGGGUCCUUGGGCGGCGUGUGGGCGGCGCGGGCCAGCCGGCCGGCGCUCGCCGCCCUGGCGCAGCACGCGCGCCUCGCACACGGCUCCCUACAGCCGCCGCCGCCCGCCCGCGCCGCUCGCUGGCUGGCCGACGACGACAUCGUGCGCUUCCUCACCGCACUGCCUAACUACGUGGCCGCAGUGCAACGACAGGACUACACGGACAAGGAAUUGAAACAAGCGUACGAGCGUGAGGCUGAGAUCCUCGGCUCCAGUCUCGGCGACGGAGAAAUCUCCAGCAGAGAGAUCACCCAGAGGAUAGACACGCUCGUGGAGCUGGCGCUGCUGUGCGAGAGCAUGGAGUGGCUGUCCCGGAAGAUAAAAACGCUACCCAGCAUAAUGAGCGUCGCCUCGCCCGCCGCUCCCGGGAUCAAACUGUCGGAGAAACUCGUCAGCGAACUACAGUCGACGGCCGCCGUGUUCGAGGACAUCGCGCAGAAAUGUCUACUGUUCUUACACUUGGAGGUUCGCAUCGAGUGCUUCCACUACCUCGGCCAGGAGGAGCGCGAGGAGGCCGUGGGGUCCGGCGGGGGGAGGCCCGGGGGCGCUGGCCCCACGGACGGCGAGGAGGCCGGGGGCGCCGCCCGCCUCGCGCACAGACUGCUCGGCUUCCACGAACACGCGGCCGGCAUACUCACUCCCGCCGCCAUGACGUACAUAAUGAACGGUAUCGGCGAGAUGAUGUCCGCGGCGGUGGUGUGGCGCUGGCAGAGCUCGGCGGCCGUGGACGGUGCGGGGGGCGCGAGGGGUGCGGAGGGUGCCAGGGGUGCGGUGUCCCGCCUCGCCGCCCUCCGCCACUGCCUGGCGGCGCUGUCAGUUCCUCACGACGGUCUCCACUCCGCACACGCUUACAUGCACCUGCUGGCGUGCACCCCCGAGGAGAUCAUAACGUCGGUCCGUGAGAAGGGUCCGCAGUUCUCGGAGUUGGAAUACUUGAACGCUUUCAAGGUGAUAGGAGCUCGUCGCGGCCUGGCCCCCGCCGACAUGAAGGAGCAGCUCAAACAACUGUCCGCCGCCCUCGGACACGUCGGCGUCACAGUGUGAACACAGCCUUAUACGAUACAAUGAUUAUAAUUCCCGUAGCACCCGCUUAGGUCCACAGACUAAUCAUGAUUAUUAUAUUCAACGUAACUAUGGCUGGCUGUAUAAUGUACGAUGCGCUGCAGAUAAUUAAUUAAUUGUUUAUUUUUUAUAAUAAUAAAAAUAUUAUAUGGUUA